CAGCUGUCUGAUGGCUUCCCUAAACGCACAAAAACGAGGAACGUACAGAGAGCAUCUUCGAGAUGCAAGCAAAAUGCCUUGUUUGAUGAAGCGGCAAACCCAAGGCCUUAUCGCUGACGAAUCGGAAAGUAGGCCUAGUGUUGAAGCAGAGGCCUAGAUCACAACUGUGGAAGAUGGCCUAACAGAAAAUGAUGAAUGUGGGGAGGGUUUACAGUCUGAAGCUUCAAACUUUGUUGUUGACGAUGUGAUCGAUGAGGACAACGAGGAAGGCUGCUAGUCUGAUGGUUACAGCAUGACUUUUGAUGAUGACAUCAAUGAAGACAGCAUAGGCAGUGAUCGAAACAGUCAAAUAUUAGAUCAAAGUACAGAGAGGGAGACUGACAUCGUAUUUGAGUGUGAUGAUAAAUAUGAGGAAGGGACUGCAUAUGACAGGCUAGACACUGGCACUGGUUCAUUUUCAUGUGAUGAACCCAGUCUUGCUGGUGACGAUUGAGGAUCUCUUGUUUCCUGGCUGUCCUCUAACAAAAAGGAGCAGCUCAGUUUUAAUAAUGUUGUUCAUUUUGCAGCAUAAAUUGUCUGCUCAAGCUUGUAAAGACCUAAUGCAGCUUAUUUCAGCUCACUUUCCAGUAGGUCACCGUGCUAUGACCUCAUUGUACUGCCUGAAAUCAUAUCUUCAUAAAACCUGUGCUCCUAUGAAACCAAUGAAAGCAUUUGUAUGUCCCAGCUGUGAAGACUUAAUUGCAAACAGUGCAGACCAAUGUGGCACAUAUGAAUUUUUGUUUUUUUAUGUGAAAAAUGCACUAUCUCGACUGUUUAAAGACAGUGAAUUUUGUUCGAAACUUUCUGCUAGUUUUGAGAAAAGAAAUAAUGCUGAUAUGUCUGAUCUAACAAGCGGCAAAAGAUACAGGAAUAUGACUACUGGAUUAUUAUCGAAAUGGAAUAUCACACUGACUUUGAACACGGAUGUUGUAUCGGUUUUUAGAACUUCACGCACUGGGUCUCUUUGGCCUGUGUAUCUUACAAUUAAUGAGCUUUCUUCUGAAUGCAGAUUUUCACUCAAGUAUGCCAUUGUCUGUGAUCUUUGGUUUCAUCCAUCGAAACCGCCUAUACAAGUAUUUCUACAACCUCUGAUGAGUCAGCUGAAGGAACUUUCCACAAAUGGAGAAACUUUCAAGACAGCUGAAGGAUUGCAGCACUGCAAAGUAACUUUCCUCGAUGAGCGUCUCCUUUCAAUUAAAGCACCUGACCACUUUAGUCGAAUUCCACAUAUGCUGAAAGAGUUUUCCACAUGGAAGGCUAGUGAAUAUAGAUCAUGGCUGUUUUACUGGUCUCUUUCAGUGCUUAGAGGAAUUCUGCCAAGAGAGUACUAUAUCCAUUACAGCUUACUUGUUGUUGGAUGUCGUCUCCUUUGUGGAAUGAAGAUAUCUUCCAAUGAUAUUGAUAGAGCACGACAACUUUUGCUGAAGUUUUAUGAAAGGCACGAACUGCUUUAUGGUACAACAUCUUGCACUAUGAAGAUGCAUAUCUUGCAGCAUCUUUCAGAGUUUGUGGAGAGAUCUGGACCAUUAUGGGCCUCUUAUUUUUUCUUUUUUGAAAAAUUACAUGGAGUACUAAAAAUUUUGUGCAUGAGACAAGAUUUGUGUCUAAUCAGAUUGCAACUGCAGUAUCAUUGGUGCAGUUGAUUCCACAAUUGUUUCCUUCUGUAGAAGAGGAUGUGCUUUCACCUGAAGCUGUAGCAUUGAUUCAAAAAUACGGCAUUUUCAGUACAGUCACUUAAUUUGACAUUCCAGAAGUUGACAUUCACAGUCUUUAUAGUUUUGGGUUUCUUUAGCACUGCGUUACAGUACUUUGUGGUCAUCCAAAAGGAGCUUUUCUUGAUGACAAGUACAUCGUUGCUAUCAACAAGGUACUUCAAAGUGAGUGGAAUUACCCAAUUGAUGGCAGAAGUCUUGUCACUAUAAAUAGAAAGUUAUAUCUGAAUGGUAUCAUGGUGCACAGUCGAGCUCCCCAGAAGUCUAAAAGAAAUUCAUAUACUGUGGAGUUUCACGAUGGAGAUACAUUUUUGUUUGGCUAUGUUGAACUAUUCAUUACUAAUAGGGCCAAACAGUAUGCAGUCAUUCAAAAGUUUGCACUAGAAGAAUGGCCAAUAUGUGUGCCUCAAGAAAAUGAUCUUUCAGAUAUUGCUCCUACAUUUGGAGACUUACAGGAGCUUUUGGGUGAACACUGUAUUCCUGUUUCUGAAACUGAUAAUCUGGUAGCAGUUUCACUAGACAGCAUUGUUGCUCAAGUAGUUUGCAUAGAGAUGCAUAGUUCUUCUGUUUUGUAUUUGGCACCUAUGCCGAAUACAGUUGAAUGUGAUUAGAAUGAUAUGGAUUUUCAUCUGAUAGUAUAAAAAUAUAUGUGAAAUUGUUGACAGCACUUUAA